AUGUAUUGCUUUUCCCCUCAUGUGUCAGCCUCUACCAGUACCAGCUUGUGGGGUAAGAAGCUGCAUUUCCAAGGUCGUCCAUGUACGUGGCAGCUACUCCCAGGUGCUGUGGUGCCAGCCCUCAAGGAGCUGAGUGUAUGUGUGCUUUUCCGCCGCAGCCAUGCAACAACAUGGACAGCUUUUGUCUACAAAGCUCCAAAGGGCAGAAACAUAGAGCUGGGACUUGGGGGAACAAGUUUAGACCUGUCAGUAUGGCUCUUUGGGGAAGUAUUUCCCAUUAAAACUCAACUGAAAUUGAAGGAAUGGUACUCCGUCUGUCUUACCUGGUCUGGUCAAGCCCAGACACUGCGGGUCUAUAUUAAUGGAAGCAUCCAGCUCGAGGCCGCUGUGAAUCCCAUCUUACCCAAGCAAUUGGCCCAAAACGGCACUCUUACUUUAGGUAUAUCUCACUAUGUUGAUGGAAAUGGUGAAGUGAAACGAGAGGGUGGGAAGGACCUGCUUGGUGAAAUUGGUCUGUUCAGGAUGUGGUCUAGAGAGUGGAGCACCGAGGAGAUGGGGAGGCACAGCUGUGCUGAUGGAGAUGUGUUGAGAUGGGACCUGCAGCAGUGGAAAUAUGACUGCUCUCCUGAGCCUGACAUCAGCUUGCAUUGUGCCACACCUGCCAUGUGGUUAAUCAUUCUGCUGCUGAACACGUGCAACGACCAGAGGUACAUCACCUAUAAGAGACAGUUUGAUUUUCCAUUAUAUGAUGUUUCCAUGAUGUGUUUCCAGGAAUCAAGAGCAUUAUCAAACUCGUCCUGUACCAAAUGUUUCAGUUGUGAAGUCCAUGUGGAUGUGGAUCCUGCUGCCAGUGUGGAAGUAGUUCAGGUGAACAUUGCUGCCUUGCUGAGUUCGACAUUUUCUUAUGACUUCCUCAAUGUCUCGGCAGACCCUAAUAGCAUCAGCAUACUACCUCUGGUUGGAGCAGAUAAAUUCUUCAGAGUUAAUCUGACUUUGAAUAUGACUGGCAGCUCAGCAAAACCAGCAGAAGUAAUUGAGAAAUGGGUGAAAGAAAAGCUGGAGGUGAAUGGCACCAUGGUACUGAAUCUCAUCAUAACCGAGAAUGUUGGAAAGUGGGUCUGUAAGUUAGAUAUUGAAACUGACACAACCAGCUGGGCUGAUCCUGAUAUGACAAACUGCCACCCACUUGUGACCAUAUCAGACCUUGGCAAUAUCACUGUCACCACUGGUAACGCGGCUGAGGUAGUGCACAUGAUUGACGAACUUGUAGAUGAUCAAUUAGGUGACACUGACAAACUCUCAUCGUCCGAGCUGGAUAUAGUAGUGGAGAAGCUCAAUCAAGUGGUCGAUAUCAGCAUCAUUAAACCUGCUCUUGGUGCCAAUAUUGUCAGUAUUGUUGCUGAUAUACUGCUAUCCAAAACUGACGUCACUCCAGUGGCUAACAUUGUCCUUAAUCUGACAGAUAGGAUGGGGCACAAUAUGAAAUUCCAAGGUGAAUCUGCAAGCUUGACAGCACCCUCACUGGCCCUAUCCAUGAUCAAUGUGGACCAAAGUGAAUUCAGUGGCCUCACAUUUGGUGUGUUCUCCAUUUCUUCAAACCUGAUCCCAAAGAUUUUUGUCAACCAGAGCUUUAUAAGUGGACCACUCCCUGAAACAAAUGCAACUAUUUCUCUGCCGUCUACUCUGAACGAAUUCUUUCCAAAAGGAAACAAAACUCGUGUGCAGUUUCAGUUCUAUGGAACAGACGACCUUUUCCAGUUCUACCUGUUCAUGGCACAACUGCUUACCUUUCAACAGGACCCACUCACAACCAAUGCAACACACAGCAGCUUGACAUUGAUUUCUUCUAUAGUGUCUGCCAGCAUCAAUGAUAGUUUUGUGAACAACCUGAAGGAUCCAGUGGUGGUGACUCUCAGACAUCAAAAGCUCAAACAGCCAGAUGACAAGGUCCAGUGUAUGUUUUGGGAUUUCCAGAACAAUGGUGGACAGGGUGGUUGGAACAGCAGAGGUUGUGAAACCCUGAAUAUUUCUUCCUGUCAGACCAGCUGUCGCUGUAAUCACCUCACACACUUCGCAGUGCUCCUGGAUGUGUCCAGAGCCCCUAUCAGUGAGGUUGACAGUCAGAUUCUGACAUUAAUCUCUUAUCUUGGUUGUGGUAUAUCCUCCAUCUUUCUGGGCAUCACUCUUCUCACCUACCUGGCUUUUGAAAAGCUGCGGCAGGACUACCCAUCUAAAAUACUUAUCAACCUGUCAUUUGCUCUGCUGGGAAUGAGCAUGCUAUUCCUCCUAGACUCCUGGCUCUCAUCCUUCUCCAACUACGGUCUGUGCAUCGCCACUGCAGCAACACUCCACUACUUCCUGCUGGCCUCCUUCACCUGGAUGGGCCUGGAGGCCGUGCACAUGUAUCUUGCCCUAGUCAAGGUCUUCAACAUCUAUGUCCCCUCAUAUAUCCUAAAGUUCUGUGCUAUGGGAUGGGGUAUUCCUCUGGUCAUAGUCAGCCUGGUGUUGGCCAUAGAUAAAGAUGCCUAUGGCAGCAUUGUGUCUGAAGCGGCUUCAGUGGCGCUUAAGUCCCCUGACCCAUUCUGCUGGCUGCAGAAUGACAUCUUCUUCUACGUGACGGUGGUGGCAUUUGUUGUUCUGAUCCUGUUAUGCAACCUCUCUGUGUUCAUUGUGGUUCUGAUCCAGAUCAGAAAGAUGCAGGCCAAUAAGCCAUCAGUAAACAGCCGCAGCUAUCUGAAUGACUUGAGGGCAGUGGCCAGUCUCACUGUCCUGUUAGGACUGACGUGGACACUGGCUUUUUUUUCAUUUGGGCCAGCCAAAGUGGUCCUGAUGUACCUGUUCUCCAUCUUCAACACAUUGCAGGGGUUCUUUAUUUUUUUGUUCCACUGUCUGAUGAAGGAGAAUGUGAGGAAACAAUGGAGAAUCCACCUUUGCUGCGGAUGUUUCAGACUCAGUGAUUACUCAGAUUGGAGCCAUUCUGGGACUGUGGGUGGCCGCUGCAAAAAGAACAAUCUUGUUAACUCUGACUCAGUCGCUUCUGACAACACCUACACUAACAGAAAGGUCUCUGACUCCUCUACAGGAUCCAGACCAAACCACCACUAGGGGGCAUGAGCAGGUCUCUUCAUCUGCCAUGCAAUAUGCUUUUCAUUGUCCUGACAACACUGAUAGCAGUAAGGUUGAAAGAAGAAACUGGAGCAGAGCACAUCAUAUAUAUUUGUUUAUAAGCUUAAAAGACUUUAAACUACCUUCAUAGUUUACAUUAAAAGAUAAAGUGUUCAUGCUCACUCUGGCUGCUUUCAUUGUUAAGUUGGAUCUAAAAAAUAUUUUCUGUUUGUUAAACUUUUGUUCAAAGCAUACCAGUUAACAUACAGUUGAAGAGGGGUACGUUAAG